GAUAAGAAUGUAGUGAUUGUUAAAGGAGUUCACUAGGCUCAGUUCAGUAGCAUGCACCAAAUUCCCAUUCAGAAACCAAACUGUUCUUGUGUGCAGGACUACAUGGUAAUCAGAGUGAGCUUCAUGGUUGUAGCUUCGAUUGCUGCACUCAAGAUUUCGCAGACGAAAAACAGCUCUGCCACAAAGAGAAACGGUGCAAUAAAAUCUCCUGGAAGGAAUGGGUACUUGGAACAAGAGUUUGAAGAGAGGGAAAAUAGCAAUUCAGAUGCUAAUCAUGUGACACAGAAUGACGGAGAGAAGGAGAUCAACAUUGAAAUGCCACAAAAUAUGCCAACACCAGAUUUUAAGGACUUUGAGCUAUUAAUAGAUGGUGAGAAAACGGAUAAUGUUACUGAAAAGGAGAUAUUGCAGAAUUUAGUACAAAAUUACAAGGAGAGAAAAGUGAACAUUGAAAGGAAACUUCUUGAAUUGAAUGGUCUGAGGGAAGAGCAAUCAGCUAUUGCUCAAAUGCAAAGGCAAUUAGAGACAAAAACAGCAAAAUUGGACUCUCUUAAAAAAACCAUUGCUUCCUUGCAGUCCGAGAGUAAAAUGAUUAGAGAAAAAAUAAGAGAUAAUGUCUUGUCUAAAAAGCAGCUUGAUCUUGCAAAGAGAAUGAUAAAUGAGAUGCAAAGGAAGAACGGUGUCAAUAGAAUCCGUGUCAAGGAGAAGAUAUUGAUGCUCCAUCAGCAAGUAACUGAUUUUCAGAAGUAUAAUAGCUCAGGUAGAAUUGCUAUGCCAAAUACGAAACUUAAAGAUGUUCAAGAUAUCGUGCUAGAGAUUUUGGAGCUGAAGAGGAGGAACAAAGAGCUUGAAUUGGAAAAAAGGGAAAUGGGAAUUAAGCUGGCUAAUGCCCAAGCAAGAAUCAAAACUGAGCUUGUGCAGGAGGAAAGAGAGGCUCGGAUAAAAGAAGAAAUAACUGGUUUGCGGCGACUGCAUGAAGAUCUUUCAGAGCAAGUUGAAAGGUUGCAGAGAAACAGAUUUGACAUGGUCCAAGAAGUUGUGUACCAACGGUGGGUUUACACUUUGUUGAAGUUUGAAGUCUAUGAUCAUCAAAAGCAAAGAGGAAAGGCCUUAACAUCAGAUCCUGAGCUCGAAAGUGUCUCAUCCAACGCCACAUUGGAUGAGAGUGACCAAGUUGAAACCACUACCUUUGAAAGCUCUUCCAGUAGUCAAAGUAGCACUGGCAGCAAUUCUAGUAUAGUUAGCAAAAUAAAGAGAUGGAGGAAAACCAAAGAUUACCCAAACAAAAUUUCCUCAAAGGGUACAAAUAUGAAUAGUGGUAUGAAUAGUUCAACCAAACAAUUAGAAAUCCCAACAGUGCCAAAAGUGAAGAAAGUGUCUUUCAGUGACUCAGUUAAACUGACUAAUUAUCAAGAUAUGCCAGAGGGAGUUGAGAAUGCAAUGCAUGAGAAAUAUGAUGAACCGAGGAAGUCGAAUGAAUGUGCGGUAGGUGACACCAUCAACGUUGAUUCCAUUCCGGAGAAUGAGGGUGCCAAGAUUAAAAUUGGGCAUUCAGAUGAACUGUAUUCGAGGAACGAUCCCGUUUGUAGAAAGGAUCAAAGGGUCAAAACCAUACUGCACUUGACUCGUCUAUUCAAUGCUACUCUAGAUUAUUUGGAGACUUGA